CCGUUUUCAUGCAAAUUAGGUAUGUGAACAAUAAUGCACAAUGUACAACCCAUAAAUGGUACAACAUUUAAAGCAGCGUACCUUUUCUGGUUUACAUCACCAAACCCAGAUACACCGGCGAAGCUGUCGUACUUACUGUAAACUCAAACUCUCCGGCGACCUCCACACCUGGAACACACAAUCCGGUAAUCUUAACUCUCAAAUAAGGUUAUAGAAAAAUCGUGGAAAGAUACUAUGAAAACUGUGAAGAGCCAUGAGGAGGAAGAGGAGGAGGAGGAGCUCGGUUCCAGAAAAGAUGCUACGAAUUCCAAUAGUAAUACUUCCAGAGAUGGAAAGAAUAGUGAUAAGGCUAAUGCAAUAAGGUCUAAGCAUUCAGUAACGGAGCAGCGUAGGAGGAGUAAGAUCAAUGAGAGAUUUCAGAUAUUAAGAGAUCUGAUACCUAACACAGAUCAAAAGCGAGAUACUGCAUCAUUUCUGCUGGAGGUUAUUCAGUAUGUACAGUUUUUACAGGAGAAGGUACAAAAGUAUGAAGGGUCAUAUCAAGCUUGGAGUUCUGAGCCAACCAAACUAAUGCCAUGGAGAAACAGUCAUUGGCGAAUGCAGAGUUUUGUUGGAUCCCCACAAAUUGUAAAGAAUGGUACUGGUUCAGGACCGACAUAUGCUGGGAGGCUUGAUGAAAAUCCUGUCACAGUCCCUUCAGCCAUGCAACCAAUUCAGCAGAAUCCAGUUGAAUCUCAUCCUAGCACUGAUUCUGCCUUCAAUGCGGUGGAUCCACAUAAUGAGCUUGCUAUUAAGGCGGUUACAACUCCCAUGACUCUGCAGCCAAGUCUGCCUGCCGCUGUCCAAAACGAAGGUUCUUACUCCCACACCACACCUAGGCCUGCUUCUGAUGCUCAAUCAAAUGAAUGCCCGAACAGAAUAGAAGCUCUGAGUCAUCAUGAGGAGUCGACUAUAGAGGGUGGCACAAUUAGCAUUUCAAGUGUUUAUUCCCAGGGGCUACUAAAUUCAUUGGCACAAGCAUUGCAAAGUACCGGUGUAGACCUUUCACAGGCCACCAUCUCUGUGCAGAUAAAUCUUGGAAAACGGGCAAAUAGAGGAUUAAACUCAUCGGAUACUAAUGAGAAACCGGCACCAUCUGUUUGCCCAGCGGUGGGACAUUUUAGGGACACAAGCACUGAUGAUGACUUGGACCAAGCUCAGAAAAGGCUGAGGAUUUAGUUUAAGUAAGAGCGAAGUUUAGGACCAUAGGUGGUUAACUUGAAAUGUUGAAGGACCAGGAUGGUUAAAUUGAAAGUUUAAGACUAAACGUGGUGCACGGUGGUGGUACCAUUAUACUCGGAGGAUCUCAACUGGCUGCCAUUAUACAAGGAUGCCAUGGUGAAUUACAUUGCAGAGCAAUUAAAGAGUCUCAGUAGAAUGAGAAAUAGUGUGUACAAUGUACUUUCAAUUUUUGAACAUUUUAUCAAGCUUCUUCCCCCUUCUACCAGCAAUGAUAUUUUAUAUCGAAUUUAGUCGAUCCAAAUAAAGUUGAAGAAUAAAUUUGGUGAAA